AGAUACCCCUCACAUAUACACCUCCAAGAAUUCUGUUCAACCAGGAUGGUUGACGUCUAAUCCUAAACCAAUUAAGAAACUAAUCCACAGGAAGUCAGAUAUGCAAACUGCUUUCUAAUCUGGGGAGAACAGGCUGAGUGGCCCAAAGGCCCUGGGGAGAAAGUCACAGGGAUAUUUGCAUUUACCACAUCCUGGAGGUUUGUGUUCUUUUCCUGAUGUCCCUCCCGAUCCUGCCUUAGGCUGGGUGACCGGCUCCAUCACAGCCACAGUGCAAUGGGCUGAGGGCAAAAGAAAGCUGCUGCUUUCUCAUCUAUCUUCCAUCUGGUGGACCUGGGCCUAAUCCCUGGGACAAGGAUGGUGGGUGCAAAAGGCAUCACAGGCCCCAGCACCUCCCUCCGACUGGCUCAGCAACGCGGUGGAGUCAGCAGUGUCGUGGUAAAUCCUCCCUUCUAUCAGGUGUCCUGCUGUGGGCCUCUUCCCUGUCCCUGCUGCUGCCCUUGGAGGUGGCCCCCUCUCACAGAGUCUGCGUGUAGCCGCCUGUUCUACAUCCUUCUCCACGUGGGGGCGUCAGCAGUCUGCUGCCUCCUGCUGUCAAGGACAGUAGUGGAAAGGGUCUGGGGCAGGGCACAUGGGAUCCAGAUGCCCUCGGGGUUGUGUGCCCAUCUGUUUGGCCAUUCUCACUGCCCAGAGCUCAGUGGCUCUGGGGCUGUGUACCGAGUAUGUGCAGGAACUGCCACCUUCCACCUGCUGCAGGCUGUGCUGCUGGUCCACCUCCAAUCCCCCACCAGCCUGCGGGCACAGCUGCAUAACAGCUUCUGGCUCCUGAAACUGCUGUUCCUGCUAGGUCUCUGUGCUGUUGCCUUCUGCAUCCCUGAUGAGCAUUUCUUCCCAGCCUGGCAUUACAUUGGCAUCUGUGGAGGCUUCACAUUUAUCCUGCUGCAGUUGGUGCUUAUCUCAGCCUUUGCCCAUUCCUGGAACAAGAACUGGCAGACGGGUGCAGCCCAAGACUGCCGCUGGUUCCUAGCUGUGCUGCUGGCCACCCUAGGAUUCUACAGCAUGGCAGGUGUGGCAGCUGUGCUCCUGUUCCACCACUACACACACCCAGCUGGCUGCCUGCUCAACAAGAUGCUGCUUAGUCUGCACCUUGGUUUCUGUGGCCUCCUCUCCUUCCUCUCCAUCACUCCCUGCAUCCGCCACAAGCACCCCCGCUCUGGCCUUCUACAAGCUUCUAUCAUCAGCUGCUAUAUCAUGUACCUGACUUUCUCUGCGCUGUCCAGCCGUCCUCCAGAGAGUGUAAUCCUUCACGGACAGAAUCACACUCUGUGCCUGCCUGGCCUGAGUAAAAUGGAACCCCAAACACCAGAUACUUCUGUGGCAGUACUGAGUGCUGGCAUCAUGUAUGCUUGUGUGCUUUUUGCUUGCAUCGAGGCUUCCAACCUGGCUGAGGUACUUGGGCCCUUGUGGAUUAUCAGAGUUUACAGCUAUGAGUUCCAGAAGCCCUCACUCUGUUUCUGUUGCCCCAAAACAGUGGAGCCAGAGGAAGGGCAAAGGGGUGGGGCUGCCAGGCCAGCUGACCAAGAGACCUCUCCAGCUCCUUCUGUGCAAGCCCAGCAUCUUUCCUACAGCUACUCUACCUUCCACUUCGUCCUCUUUCUUGCAUCACUCUAUGUCAUGGUUACCCUUACCAGCUGGUUCAGCUAUGAGGGAGCAGAACUGGAAAAGACCUUCACAAAGGGUAGCUGGGCUACCUUCUGGGUCAAGGUUGCCUCAUGCUGGGCCUGUGUACUCCUCUAUCUGGGGCUGCUCCUGGCACCAUUCUGUUGGUCCCCCACCCAGGAUCCCCAGCCUCCUCCUAUCUUCAAGAGACAUUGCCAUCGCAUCGUAUCACCAGAUAACAAAUAUCCAGUCUAG